GUGUACUCGAGCGCACUCAUGUCCCUCGUCGCACUCGCGGUAUUCGCGGCGGCCAUGCGCGAGAAGUUGCAAGUCACCGGCAUCGACCUCGUUGCGUUUCACCGCGUCGCGAGUCCCACGUGGGUCGGUCGCCCGUUCCUCCUUUUGCGGGGCGUCGUCGCGCUCACGGUGCUCUCGACGUCGCCCGUCGCCUUUGUCGCGGACGACAGCAUCGCGCGCUUCGUGUUUGAGCCGCGUCCGGCCUUCGAUGUCAUGGUGCUCGCCAGCGAAGCGAGUUGGAUCACGUACGUCGUCGUCGACCUGUUCUUGCCAACGGCCGAGAGCCACGCUCGCCUCUAUGCACCGAUUAGCGCCAUCGCGUCGUGGUGGGUCUUUGUACUGUGGGAAACCAUAUGCCCCUUCGAAGCAUCCAUGCACGUGCAGCAGACGUGCCGCGUCGUGCAGCUGGGGCUUCGCGCUACGUGCUCGGGUGGCGUGGUGCAGAUUGGCAGCGCACAGCGCCUCAUUCUCUAUCUUUGUCUGAGUUUGCUGAGCAUCCUCGGCGCGUGGCUGCUCGUGCGUCUCUGGUGCGGCGCCGAGUGUCGACCCCGAUGCCGCCAAAGUGAGCUGCUGCCCGCGGCCGCUCAGAUCUUUCUCCUCACGGCUGCGCGUCCGCUGUGGUUUCAAGACCCGACGACGACGCUCCUCGCUGGUAUCGUUCCGGUCCGGCACCGCUUCUUCCAUGUCAACCUCUGGCAAUUCGUGCGCCUCAACCCGUUGCAGCUCACAUCUUUGCACCCGAAAGCAAGAACGACCAAGAUCCCAGCCACGCAGCGUCGACGAACGACAACGACGGUUCUUGGCAUCAUCUAUGUGCUCUUGUCUGUCGGCGGCAGCUUCACACCUUUCUGA